CAACAUGUUCAACAAGGAGUUCCCCAGCCGUUCCUAUGAAGAUGACUCUAACAGGGAUAUUUCUUGUCCUUGCAGGGAUUAUCUACACAGAGGCGAAGUAUGUAGAUGUGAACAUUUUUCUGACUGUAUGCUCAGACUCAGAUGAAGAGAGCAUCUUUGACAUGAAUGGAGAAGAGAUAGGCCAUGCCGAUUUCAAGGCCAGAAACUUUGUAAUGACACUGCCUGAGUUUGCUGAACUAUUUACAUAUGGGAAGGACAUGUAUGAGGUUGCAGUCAAUAGCUGGCAAACCUGCAAGUAUAACUUGGCAUUAAGCAUAAAAAACAACAAGAACCCAGCAGUGGCAAAGGCCGCCCCCAUGACUUCCCUCUUCCCCAGAGACGAGGUGAAGGCGGGCACUGAGAACACGCUCACCUGCUACAUCACAGGUGUCUACCCUCCUCUGCUCAACGUGACAUGGACCAGGAACAACAAAGUCAUCAGUCAGGGAGUGAAAAACAGUCAACUACAUGCCAAUCUAAGAGAUGGCUCCUUCACCAUGUUCUCCACGCUGAGGUUCACCCCGGAGAAGGGGGACGUGUACAGCUGCACGGUGGAGCACUCGGCACUGGAGCAGCCCCUGACCAGAGAGUUCGAUGUGGAGGUGCCUGACCCCAGUCUUGGUCCAUUAGUGUUCUGUGUAGUGGGUCUGACGCUGGGAUCGCUGGGAGUGGCUGCCGGAACAUUCAUCCUCGUCCGCAGAGAAAACCGCACGUCCAGGGCUCUACGCUUGUACGGUCACUACGGUGUAGCAUUAACUUCUAUGAUUUAGGUAGCCUCCCGUGGCAUGGCAUUGUGAGUUGUCCUUUCACUUUUUCCUUGGUCAUGUUUAAUUGGCUGGGUGCUUAACUUACUCUGCCAUGACUUGUCUUGGAGUUUGGUAGCCUAUAUCUGUUAUAUUCAAUGAGUGACAACCAGUGCUCAAAAUAAAACGUUAUUCUCCUGAUAACGUUAGGGGAAUGGAUUUAAUGUGAACGUAGCCAUAAAAAGAGUGGCUAUACAGCGCAUAUUUGCGAUGAAAAUGUUCCGCCUUAAAAGCAGAUGUAGCCUACACCGAAACGUGGUUAAAUACGUCAUUUAGACAACAGAAUCAGUAGGAUGCCAUUUAUGUUUCAUAGAAGUCUACCAGGCCUAUGUCAAAUGCAGGCUCGGGUGAAGCUGGAAGUAAUUAACCACGGUUUCCAAACUGUGUUAAGCCUAUCAACCGUGAUAAUAAUAAUAUUUGAAAUGAACACGGUAAUUGUUAUAGUCAACAGUUUUAUCAUGGUUUACCGUUUCACCAGUAAUUGCUAGUCACCAACUGAUAACGAACAGAUUGAAAGAAGAAUGGAUUUGGAGUGACAUUUCUUGCGUGUGUGUGAGAGCGCGAAGUUGAUGCUGAAAGCUUGAGUGUCUAGCCAGGUGCGUAAGAGUUGUCAACUCUGUCAACAAAUUUGUAUACAGAUGCGCGAAAAUUGUACUAUACUUUGAUCCACUUGGUGUGGAUUCAUUUUAGGAGCAAAAUGCGAAUGAAAGGGUUGAAAUCAGUACUCGCAUGUGUGCGAGUAUUUAUUAUUUUAAAUUCGCACUAAUAUAUUUUUACUUGUUUUUGCAACGACCUGCUCGCAGUGUACAGCGCUGCGCAGGUCAAUUGGUCGAUUGUAAAAUACCCAUUCUAAAACAGAUAGUUCCGGUCCUUGAUUAUGAUUGGCUGAAUCACAUUCAAUGCCGUUAUAAAUUCCAACAUAACCACACACCUUGACCGCAUAUUAAAAAUAGUUCAGAAAGAACUUAGAAAAGAAAUCAGUAAGGAAAAAUAUAGGUAUAAAUGUGAAGUAGAAAAACAUUUUAGAACAGCAAGGUUGUAAGAUAAGCUAAGUAUGAAGAAAGUAAGCUCAGUUUGAAUAAAAAGAUAGGUCUGCAUGCACCUAUAGUGGCAACACUCAGUACCAGGGGCCAGACUCCAAAGUGUUGUGAAGUAUUUCUGAGGGAUUAGCACAAGUCAAGGCCACAUCAACUGGACAAUGUGCAACGCAUAACAACGUGCCUCUCCGCUCCACUACACUAAAAUAAUAUGACGAAGGUGUGGGAUGGCAUUAAGCUUAUGAGCGGGUAUGUAGGCAAGGGAAAACCUGAAAGGCAUCAACAUGGAAUAUGCAAAUGAUUUAAAUAAAUUGACUAAGGAAAGGGCCAAGCUGAGAGAGCAUUUGCUUAACACCACAGAAGGGGAUUGUACCCUACAAACUGAUGAACGUGAGGUGUGCAAUAUGUUUAGAAAGCGAAGGGCCUCCAAAGCAGCAGGUCCCGAUGGGCUUACACCGAAGGUGCUGAAAAGCUGCGCCUUUCAAUUAGCGAGCAUUUUAUCCACCAUGUAACGCUAUUAUUUUUCCCUUAAUGUUUUAAGCAAAAAGGUAAAAAAUCACCGCUCAUCCGUGUGAGGUGCAGGAUUAAGAGUGACUGGAUAUCUAAGAGAAGAAUCCGCACACUACAAGUCUUUGUGAAAGUAGCUUUACUGAUAGAUAGCUUUCGGUCGUUAGACCUUCUUCAGGCAGAGUGAAUCAUACAGACAACAGUGCUGAGUUAAUACACCUGGCUUGAUUGAAAACACCUGUGUCAAAAAAGCAUCAUGGGACAUGUGGUCUUUACAAGUCUCUGUAUGGAAAAACACUCUGUGUCAGUGAAGCAUCAUGGGUAGUGUAGUUUAGAUAAUACAUGAAACAUAUACAUACAAGAAAAAGAGAACAAGUCUAUGCCUUGUACACAUCAGGCGACAGCCAUCAUAAAACAAAGCACAAGCAGUUCAAAGUUAGGCUAUAUAAGCACACUCAUGUCAAAAUCCUCAUUUAGACCUGAUGGCUGUAGUGACUCUAAUUUAUAUAUCCAGAAGAGUUCCCGUUGACAUAACCUUCUGUCGACAUCACCCCCUCUGUGUAGGGUUAUCUGUUCUAUGCCUUGAAAUCUAAGGGAAGAGAUAGGGUGUGACAUAGCAUUAAAAUGGCAAGCAACAGGAUAAUUGGCAUCUUUUCGCCUAAUAGAACUUUUAUGUUCACUUAUUCUUUGUUUAAGGGGGCGGGUAGUUUUACCAAUGUAAAUUUUAUCACAUGGACAUUUUAGUAAAUUAAUUAAUGUUUUGCCUGAUUUAUGGAAGGUAUCCGGUAUCAUACCGGUACCUAAAAAGAAAAAGGUAGAGUGUAUGAAUGACCUGAGACCGGUGGCUCUAACCUCGGUCAUUAUGAAAGUGUGUGAAAUAAUUGUUUUAAAGAACUUAAACCACAUGUAGAAAAAUAUCCAUGUCAGUUUGCUUACGAGACAGGAAAGGGGGCAGAGGAUGCUAUUGUUUUCAACUUCAGAUUUACUCUCAGGACACUAAUGGCCACUGUGUUAAGAUUCUAUACUAUGACUUUAGCUCAGCUUUUAAUACCAUUCUCUGUUCUUCAGAGUCAAAGUGUAUGUACUUUAUGUUUUUAUUUGUCUACAGAUUUUAUUUGUUUCCUUGAUUUCUUUGUUGGUUGAUGACUGUAACUUUGAGUUCACGUUAAAAAGCUUCAGCUUCCUCAUACAGUACAAACGUGGACUCAGUUUGACCAGGAGUGAUGAAACAAGAACUCUCAUAAUUGUGUGUCUGUCUUAUGCUCAUUUAUUUGUUGUACUAUUUUUAAAUAUUCUGUGUCAGUGUCUGUAAUAGAGAAUGGAAACCGACUUCAGUGGCGCAAUGCAUUCUGGAACAAAAAGGGUGUUUUCCUCCAUUAUGUGAGGCCGCGGCGCGAAUUAUAAACAACAAACCUAUGGUAUUUUGAACACGAUCGGCUAGCCAAAACAAUAACACUAGAUGUAAACAUUUAGGGUACUAUACUAUGCUAAAAAUUAGUAGAUGUAUUAAUGGACCGUACAGAGACAAGCUCCAGCCGGACGCGAGGCCAGUGUUGGAAAAGUUCACUUUCUACAUGAACUAGUUCAGUUCAUCGUUCACAAAUUUUAAAAUGAACUAGGGGAGAGUGGGGGCAGUUGCACCACUUUUUACCUUUCCUUGUAUAUCUCAGAGACCGCUUUCAAUAGAAACACAAAAUUUGUAUAUGUUUAGCCCACAUCUGUCACCUAUCCAUACAUAAUUAUGCAACAUGUGUAAAUAUUAUAAUAUUGAAAUAAAUUACAUUUUAAUUGAGAGAGUGAAACGUUGCAACCGUCCCCACACAAGGGGACGGUUGCAACAGUCUUAAAAAUGACAAAAAUCACUCUUGAUUAUCAUUUAUUUUAUCUUUUUGAAACCACAGUUUGACUUCUCAGUAUUAAUUGAUGAAUUAAUUAAAGAAACAGACCUAACAAACACUCAGAACUGUUGUAACGCGCCAUCUUGACUUUGAAGAGUGUAAAAAAAAAACUUUUUUUAAUUUCAAUAAUUACAGUUCAUUUUGAUAGCUCAGCAUUAAUUAAUUAAAGAAAUAGGCCUAACAAAAUAGCCAUCUUGACUUUAUCAACAUCAGACAGAAAAUUACUCACUGUCUGAUUCACAGUUGUGGUAUACAUGAAUGGACCUUGGGGACAGUUGCAACAAAACGUUGCAACCGUCCCCACAGGGACAGUCAUUCUAAAACUAGCCAUACAAGCUUAGCACAUGUGUAAAAUGAGUUUCAUCAAAGAUCAUAAGGGCGGAGCAAGAUACUUCAUGAGAAGCCACUUCCUGGAACCCGAAUCGCAAGAGGGGGGGUCAAAAUCCCCCUUUAUGCAGAGCAGAGGCAGCAACUGUUCCAUUGAAGUCUAUGGACAUAGAUCAGAAUUUCAAAUACAUGCUAAGAUCUCCGCUCUCUAGAGUUAGAAAUGUGAAUUUUGGGCACGGUUUCAUGACCCUCAACCCCUUCUGACCACUCCAGGUGCAUUUUUAGCAUUUUUGAGCAUUCCAGUCUGGAGAAAAUCGACUUCAUAUCAGGUGUGCCCCUCUUGUUUAUUCUGCUGAUGUUGGCCGGUUGCUACGUACGCUCUACCUUGACAACACAUUAGCCAGCCAGCUGAACCAAAUCCUGAUUUGAGCUAACGACGAUCAGAUGGCGCUGGGGUAACUUGAGAGCAGCGACAUAUUUCCAUUAUUCCAUUGAUGUUUUUAUUCAAUUCCUUGAAAGUGUAGGCCUACAUGCUUUGUGUGUGUUACUUUCCAUAUUAGAAUUAAUAAAUGUAGAAGGCUUGAAAGAGCAGCAAGAUUAUUUUGGAACAUCAUCAAGCAACUGAUAGCAAUUGCAUUGAUAAUCGAGUGCUUGAUUAAAUACACCUGUGGAAAGGGACCUGAUGAAACUCAUGAAUACGUCAAUGACACGCAUGACACACCCCCUUUAUGCAGAGGAAGUGAUCCCCGUUUUGCGCCCAUAGACAUGAACUACGACGACGUAUCUUGCUACGCCUUAAGGAUCUUUGGUUUCAUCACUCUAGCUUGUUUCUGAUUGGAGAAAUCUACAGUGUUGCAACUGCCACACGUUGCAACUGCCCCCACUCUCCCUUAGUUCAGUUCAUAGUUCAUAAUUCCAAAUUAUGAACGAAGUUCACAGCUCCAAAAAAUGAACUAGUUCAGUUCAUUUUUUUCAAUAUGUUGCGAACCAUAGGCAUCUUUCAAAAUUGUUGCCACAGCCAGCAAAUAGCCUACUUCAUUAGUUUAACAUGAAAUAGCCAUUUUCAGACAGGUUUUACACAUUCUGCUAUAAUUGCUUGCCACAUUUCUGACGGUAGCGGAAAUUCAGACAUGAAGCAUGCGAAAUGUAUAGGCCUACGGCCUCCGUUUGUUCACAUCUAAUGUAGAAUUUCCAUCAAUUGGGCUUUGGUUGGCUGGGCAGAAAUGCGGCCGCGCUGUCAGAAGACUGUAGUUUUUACAGGAGGAUACCUUGCUGCAUUAGCUGCAGCGUUAGAGAUGCGGAGCCAUAGAGAUGGAACUGUUCACUGACAUAGGGUGCUUUAAAAGGCUCCCCGUAAUACUUCACUUGAUCAUCAAGUGCGAUUUUUCCACGAUUGCAUGCAUAGGUCUAGCAGCUGUGGCGGCAACAUUACGGAAACAUAGGUCGGCAGCAGGAAAAAUUCCGGUAGUAUACGGAAAUAUGAAUUCAGACAUAGAAUCUGGCAUAGACAAAGAAGCACACGCAACGGUUGGCAACACUUUAGUGCUAUUAACGGUGUGUUUUUUGCCCGAACCUAACGAAAUUAAAAAAAGAGUGAACGUGACGUUCACAGACACCAGAAUGAACGCGUUCACAGUAUCGUUCAUCAGGCAGAAAUACAGUUCGCUCAGUUCACGUUCACCAAAAUUAUGAACGAGUUCAUGAACUUUCGUUCAAUGAACGCGUUCAGGCACAACACUGCGCGAGGCAACGUGAUAUGGAAAAUAUAUCUUUGAUCGGUAACAUGGAUCCGUAUGACAUACUGUCUGGAGAGUGGAUGCGAGAUCCUGAAAGCAAUAAAAAGACACUCCGUUGUUGAUUUUUUUACCCUGACGAUCGGGGGCAUGGACGUUACAUCCAACAACACAACACGUUCGUCCCAUGAUGUGUGAAAAACAGGUGUUAGAAACAGCGAGUUAGCAAUGUUUACAAUGUUUACAAUCAUACAGCAUUGGCAGCAAUUGGCAGUAUAGCGUGCAAGAGGCCUCACUUAUAUCCCAGAGGCUACCGCGGCGCAAACCUCGCCCACGUCCGCCACGUCAUAUUCCCGUUCUCUAUUACCGGUGCAGGUAUGUCUUACCCUCUAUGGAGGUUAUUUUAUUUUUUAUUAUGUGUUUAAUGUGGGCAUGAUGGAGUGCACAGCAAUGUGUAAUUUCCAUAUAAAUGGAUGAAAUAAACUUUGACUUGACUUGA